UACGAGGCCAAAGAAAGUAUCGCCUGGCUGGGUCGCGUAUUUCGCGUUCGUCGCUCGCCGAGUCCACACGUGCUGCUCUGGUCUCGUACCGCUCUGGUCGUCAGAUCUUGUGUGCGAGAAGAACGUACAAGAACGCUCCGGAGAGUCGCUCCGCCAGACGCUCCGGUAGAAUCGGUUGGAGAAGAUCGUGAUUCGAGUUUCGAGAUAUUCGAGAUUCAUUUUCGGCCCAGUAGAGAUACCUUGGGCAAAACUUACCCAAAAAAAACCAAAACUUCUACCAACCCGAAGAAGUGCAACCUAGUGUUAGUGCAUAACUUUUUUUUUGUUGUUGUGGUUGUUGUUGCUGCCGCCGAUUACCGUUACUUGCACAAAUCUCCAAAUCGCAAGGUGUGCAUGUGAGUGAGAGAGCUAUAAAGAAAAGAAAGAGCUAGAACGAGAAAAGUUGAAGGAGAAGGAGUUGGAGUUGAAGUUGGAGUAGGAGGCGUGUAGAAGAGUCUUCAGUGAAACGGAAUUUCAAAGUCACUGGAUUAAGGAAAACUAAGGAAUUCCACAGAAUCUUCAACCAAAAUUAGAGAUACGCAUUCUAUUGCGUAUUGAACUUGAGAAUAUUUGAUUCGCUUCGAUUGCCACGCCCACAGAACCAAUAUGUGGAGUCCACAGAAGGGCCCUACACGACUGUGGGACCUUAGGUUUAGUAGCUGUAUAUUUAUCUUACACCUAAUGUUUAGUUUAGUCAUAGCUGGUAAUGAACUGUGGCCCAUGGACCGGCCCGAUGGGAUGCCCAAUAUCGUUUCCCUGGAGGUGAUGUGUGGCAAGGAUCACAUGGACGUCCAUCUUACCUUUUCGAACCCGUUCGAGGGUAUUGUCAGCUCCAAAGGACAACACAGUGAUCCUCGUUGCGUUUAUGUGCCCCCCUCGACGGGCAAGACGUUCUUCUCGUUCCGCAUUUCGUACUCCCGGUGCGGCACCAAGCCCGAUCUAAAUGGGCAGUUCUACGAGAAUACGGUGGUAGUGCAGUACGACAAGGACCUUCUGGAGGUGUGGGAUGAAGCGAAGCGACUGCGUUGCGAAUGGUUUAACGAUUACGAGAAGACCGCCUCCAAGCCACCCAUGGUGAUUGCCGAUCUGGACGUAAUCCAGCUGGACUUCCGGGGUGACAAUGUGGACUGCUGGAUGGAGAUACAGCAUGGCAAGGGACCCUGGGCACCGCCAGUUAGUGGAAUUGUUCCACUUGGCUCCACCUUGACCCUCGUGGUGGCCAUUAAUGACUAUCGUGGUGAAUUCGAUAUGCGUGUCAAGUCCUGUGUGGCUUCGGAUGGAUCUGGACAUGUGAUCAACCUGUCGGAUGAGUUCGGUUGUGUCCUGCGUCCCAAGAUGAUCUCCCGCUUCCUGAAGGCCCGUGCCCCCGACGAGAGGGCCACCGUUAUUACGUACGCCUUCUUCCACGCCUUCAAGUUCCCGGAUGCCCUCAGUGUACACAUCAAGUGCAAGGUGGAGAUCUGUCGUCAUGGGUGUCUGGAUCACUGUCAGAACUCGGGUGUGGCCGGAGCUGGAUCUGCCGAGGGUUUGGGCCACGGACUGGGCCAUGGACUGGGACUGACGAACGCCAACGAGCGCAAGGACGUCCACAUUUCGGAUGCGAUGGGCAGCAGCAGCAACGACCUGCUCAGGGACCUGGCUCUGCCGCCAGGAGGCGGGCAUGGAAUGGGCCUGGACCACGACAUCUUCUACGAGGACAUCAUACACGACCACAAGCAGACUCUGGGCGGAGGCAUGCCAGCCGGCGGGGAUUAUGGACACGAAAAGAACGGCCACCUGCAGCCCAGGCCAGUUCACGAGGAUCAGGAGGAGGCGGAUCUGUCCGAUCUCUUUGGCGACGAGGACCUGGCCGACCUGGACAUGGAGGGCGGCGAGGGCGAACGGUACCUGGGCCUGAAGAAGAGUGGCAAAUUCCCGCACGGACCACGCCAGCUGGAGGCCCAGAAGCGGAUGGGUGUGCCCAUGGCGGGACCUCGCUCUCUGGAGCCGCACAACCAGGAGGAGGAUGUCCCGCGUCCCGUCUACAGACCGCAGGCGGAGGCCCUGAAACAGCCGCGCGAGGAUCACAUUGACCUGGACCAGGAGGAGGCGGAGGAGAAGUCCGCUAAGGAUAGCAAGGAUGCCAAGGAGCCGGAGGAGGAGACCGAAGACAAGAAGACAUCCGGUAACCAGUCCACCCACAGUCGCCGCCGUCGCUCCCUGGUGAUUUCCGAUCGCAAGGUGCGCAGUGCCGACGUGGGAGUCAGUGGGCUGUACGACGUCAUCUCCGAGGCGGACCUGGCCUUCUCGCCGGACUCGAAACAGGAGGCGGUGACCGUCUUCCAGGGCAAGAUCAGCGAGGAGGUGGUCUACGGCAUCUGCAUGCCCGUCCCGGGCUUCAGUAUCCUGUUCAUCGUGGUCAUCUCGGCGACGAUUGUGUCCGCCCUGGUGGCCGGAUCCCUUCUAUACCGCUACCAGCUGCAGAAGGAAGCGCUCGACAAGCAGACACCCAUGCCGGUGCCGGGCACCCUGGCCUCCUGGAUGACCCUGCGACUCUUCCGGCUGCGGCACAUGCAACAGCAACAACAACAACAGCAGCAACAGCAACAACAACAGCAGCAGCAACAGGUCCGGCAGUCGAAUUCAGGACACGAAACGGUGCAGUGAUCAGUGGUCUAGGGACAUCCGAAUCGUUGCCCAUGUCGAUGAUGCCUUCCAAUUAUUAUCUAUUUAUUAUGAUUAUUGUUUUUUUUUUCUGGGUUGUUUGUUCAGGAAGGAGAUCAGGUAGCUACCAGAGAUCGGGCAACAAUGCAAUACUCCAACUGCUCCGAACUGCUCCCUUCAAGAUUCGUUUUGGUGCUGAAUGUUUUUACGAAUUAUUAACUCAUUAUUUUUUUUUUUCUAACUUUGUAAUUUUUUGUAAUUUUUAUUUUGGUGCAUUUAGUCGUAAAAUUGAUAGAAAAACAACAAAAGUUUAACAAACAAACAACAAAAAAACAAACAAAACACACACAAAGAGAGAGAGACACAAAUAUUCGGAACCUUUCUGGCUUCCACUUGCGGUUGGAAUUUGUGAUUUUGGGACUUUGUCUUUAAAACUAAAUUUUCAACUAUUAUUAAAAAAACAAGAAAUUAACUUAUUUUUGAAUUAAAAUUAAUUAAUUCCACAAUCACUUAAUCCAACCUCUAGGGGAAGCGGGUUAAGGACCGACAAGGAAGACUCCUGGCAGGUGCCGAAGGUUAGGGAGACGGAUCGAUUUCGAUCGGCUAGGCCUAAGGGAACUUAUUUAUUUAUACACAACCAUCUAUAUAUAGCUCUAUAUAUACAUAUUUAUAUAUAUUCUAUAUCGUACGAUGUUAUUUUUAAGCAGAGCGGAUUGGAAAUUUUGAAAUUUAACAUUUUAGUAACUUGUUUUGUUUUUUUUUUUUGCGUUUUUUUUUCGGCAUCGAAACUUAUUUAGGGGAAAAUUUAGUUAAAUUAUACCGCAUAUAGAAUCAUCUAGUAAAUUUUCACAUCCACACACCCACUUACCCUCACAUUCACUAUCCAUUUUCCAUUAAAACAAAAAAAAAAGUUAAAAUUUAAGUGCAAAUUUUGUAACUGA